AGCAAUAAGCAUCCCUACGAAGAGGCAGCCAUUUUUUCACGCUUCCAUCCGAAAAUUUUGUGAAAAUUUGUGGAAAAAAUUUGUGCGAAAGCAGAGGAAAUAAGUUAUACAGCGUCUACAUACUGAAAUAUUAUGCAAAUUUGAAGAUUGUGCGUGCGUGUAGUGUGUGAACAUAGAAACAAGCAUGGAGACGGUCGUUGCAUUCAAUAAUGAGCUCUCCGGGCUCUAUGAUAGCCGGCCGCCCAUAUCAAAGGCUAAAAUGGCCGCCAUCACAAAGUCGGCAAUGCGUGCAAUUAAAUUCUACAAACAUGUCGUGCAGAGUGUCGAAAAGUUUAUACUUAAAUGCAAGCCGGAGUACAAAGUGCCCGGUCUGUAUGUCAUCGAUUCGAUUGUGCGCCAAUCCCGCCAUCAAUACGGCACCGAGAAAGACGUUUUUGCUCCACGAUUCCAACGCAAUUUGACGGAUACAUUUGCGAAUCUGUUUCGUUGUGCGCCCGAAGAUAAAAGUCGCAUCAUUCGAGUGCUUAAUCUGUGGCAGAAGAACAAUGUCUUCAAAUCGGAUGUGAUACAGCCGAUAUUUGAUUUGGCUGAUCCGAGUCAUCCCAUUUAUCACCAAAUGCCACCCAUUGUGGGUGCGGGCAAUCUAAGCUCUGGUCCCGGACCAAGCGGCAGCGGUGGAGCCAUCAAUUUAUCGGAUAUCUCGAGUGGCAAUGCGGCCAAUGGUUUAAACGCCUCCGGAAUGAGUAACAUGGACCUGAGCUCUGUUGUCGAUGAUAGCAUGGGUGGUGCUAUGCCGGAUUUGUCGCAGCUAAGCCAUGAGAAAUGCUCGACCUCAAGUCGGCGGCACAUGGAGCAGCAUUAUAUGAAGCGGCAGCAACAACAGCAUCAGCAUAAUUUAUCGCAAACUGUUUCUUCGUCCGGAUCGAAGAGUCGUUUUGAUUGUGGUCCCAGCAGCAAAUCGCAUCAUCACAAGUAUGGCAAGAGUAGCAGUUCGCAUGAUCUGGACUAUGAUGUGCGUGAAAUACUUGAUGACGACGAUGGCGAUAUGAUGAUGUCAAUGGGCGAUGAUCAUCAUUGCAUGGGCGAUGACUCGCCGCCAGGCUCAACCAACUUGCUCGAUAACAAUAAUCUGAAACAGCUGCUCAACGAUCCCAAUGUGCUGCGUCAGCUGCAAACGUUGCAGAAUUUUCAGAAAUUCAAACAGCAAGAGGAGAACCAAAAACAUCGCUAUUCAGACGAUGCACUGCAGCAGCAUUUGCAGAAUGUGCUGAAGGGCACAGCCGGAAUGCCGCCAGGUGUGGCCAUGGGACUUGGCCAUAGUGAUGUCACGGACAUGAACAAAGAUGUGGAAUUCAUAUCGGAACAGCAACCCAUUGAGGUUAUCAAUCUGGAUGGCGCCGAUUCUCGUAGUCCAACACCCGAUCGUGAUCGUUACAAGCGUAGUCGACGCAGCAGCCGCAGUCGAUCGCCCCGUAGCCGCGGAGGUGGCAAUAACAAUGAUCGUGAUCGUGGGAGUCGCAGACGCAAUUCCAGAUCACGGAGCCGAUCGCCACGUUCGAGCCGUAGACGUGGAUCCCGUGAUCGUGAUCGCAUGGAUCGUAGCACUCGUGAUAAGGAGCGCGAUCGUGAGCAUGAGCGUGAGCGUCGAAAGAAGGGAUUACCCGAUAUUAAAAAGGAUCAUCUGAGUGUUUGCAGCACAACGUUGUGGGUGGGCCAUCUCUCGAAGCUGGUGUACCAGGAGGAAUUGUCCGAUACCUUCGGCGAAUAUGGCGAUAUCGUGAGCAUUGAUCAAAUUGUGCCGCGUGGAUGCGCCUUCAUCGUGAUGAAUCGCCGUCAGGAUGCACACAAGGCCAUGCAAUCGCUGAAGAAUCACAAGUUGCAAGGUCGUGCUAUAACCAUAUCUUGGGCAGCUGGCAAAGGUGUCAAAAGCAAGGAGUGGAAGGACUUCUGGGACCUGGAACUCGGUGUCACGUACGUACCGUGGAACAAACUGAGUACGGAGACCGAUUUGGAUAGCUUGGAAGAGGGCGGGAUGUUUGACGAGGACACCAUGCCUGGCUGGAUGAAACAGAAAAUCAAUCAGGCGAAGAAUGUCAAGGAAAACAAGGGAACUGGCCUACCGGGCGAACUCAACGCCGGGCCACCAGUUGGUCCGCCAGGUUUGCUGUUUGGCAUUGAUACAACGCAGCCACCGCCGGUGGCACCGGCACCACAUGGUGGACCAGGAGCACCGCCACCUGCACUGAUGGGCAUUGUGCCCGGUCAGUUCCAGAUGGCACCGCCAAUGGGCGGUCCGCCACCGCAACGCAUGCUGGGACCGAUGGGGCCAAUGAAUCAUCCAAUGGGUGGAAUGGCAAUGCCACCUAAUAUGGUGCCAGGCAUGCCACCACCCAUGAUGAUGCCACCGAACAUGAUGCCACCCGGUUUUCCGGGCAUUGCUGGUCCGCCGCCCCAUCCUUUGGGUUUGCCACCAGGGGCACAGUUUCCGCCACCGGGUGCCGUGCCACCACCCAUGGUAGCAAUUGCGACUACGGCCAGCUCGGCAGCUGGCAAUGUGAGUGACGAUCAAAUGGACAUUGAAAUGGAGCUGGAGGAUGCGUCGCCGUCGGUGGCGCAGCAGCAACAACAGGCGCCUAACUUUAGCCAACCGCCACCGAUAUUCGCGGGCGCCGCUGCGCCUUCCAACAACGUGGAAGCCGUUGUUGCCGCUGCAGCUAAUGAACUGUUUCAGCGGGAGCGUGCACGUGGAGCUGGUGGCGGUUCUUCACGUUGGGGCGGUCGCGAUGACAUUGCUGAGGCUUCGGAGCGCUGGCGCAACGAGAACGGUGGAACAGGCGCAGGUGGACCACUGCCGCUUAGUGGUGCCUUCAAUGAGGCACGCGCCAGGCUCAAUCUCAACAGCAUGGAGCACGGGAAUAUGCCACGCCCCGAGUUUAUGGGUGGCGUAGAUUUCGAUAACCGCUCUGGCGCAGGGCCACGUGGCAUGGGACCUGGUGGACCACGUGGGGGAAACCAUAACGCUGGCAAUGGAGGUGGUGGAGUUGGAGGCGACUUCUUCCAACCGAAUAUGAACCAGAAUCGCUUCAAUCAGCCGACGAGCUUGAUGCAGAUGCGCAUUCCGCCGCCAGCGGCAUUUAAUCAGCGGAUGGGUGGACCUGGUGCUGGCAACGGCGUGGGACCAAUGUUUAUGCGCAAUCAAGGAGGCGGCGGUCCAGGCGGCCGACAGCAAGGACCUGGUUUCUUUAAUCCACGCAAUCCCUUCAAUGAUAAUCAACGUGGUCAAGGCGGACGUGGUGGCAAUCGUGGCAGCAUGGGUGGUCGUGGAGGCCGCUGGAGUGAUGACGAAGACGAGGGUGGCAAGAACAACAACAGCAAUAACAACAAUAACAACAUCUUCAAGCGUCGUGGUGGCGGUGGCCCUGGUGGCCCUGGCAAUCGAUUCCGCGGCGAACGUGAGGGCGAAGAUCGUCGCAGUGGCAACGGACGUGGUCCACGCGGUGGGCAGCGAAGCGAGGAACGUGAACGCGCGCCCAGCAACAAUAGACGUGGCUCACGCGACGAUAGCAAUCGGCACUCUGUAAGCUCGUCGGAUGAGAACACUUUGCAGGGCAAGUCAUCGUCAACAUCAGGCGCGGAGGAUGUUAAAAGCAAGCAAGCGGUGGCAGCGCCAUCAGCAAGUAAUUCAUCGAAGGUGGACACAGAAGAGGAUUGGGAUCGUGAGCUACAGGAAUACGAUGCGAGAAUGGAGGCACAACAAGCAGCCGAGGCUGCUGCAGCUGAGGCCGCUGCUGCCGGUGUUGCUGCUGUCGAUGUAGCUGUAACUGAAAGUGCGACUGAGGAGCGGCACGACAAUGCGGGAGAAACAUUGACCGAGACUGCACCGACAACAGAGUCGGAAGAGUUUGCCAAACCCGCUGUGCAGCAUAACACAGAGGCUCCCAAGCCAAAGGCAGCAUCUCCCAUCUGUACACCGCUAUACGAUGAAUUGCCACCACCAGCAGCAGCCGUUGAUGUGCCUGUGGCAGAGCAGCUCAUGGAGGAAACUCUUCCAAAGAAUAAUACUCCCCCGCGAGCAGUUGAAGAAGAGGUGGCACCAAAACCAGAAGUGCAACAGUUGGAAACUCCAUUUGAAGCCGCUCCUGCUGCUGCCCUAGAGUCAACAAAAGCGAAAGAGGACGGUGCCGAACCAGUUGCCAAUGCCCAGCCAGAAGUCGAGGCUCCAGACUCAUAGAAAUAUGCCAGCCAGGCAGCAAAAGGAACGACAGAAACUAUGAAGUGUGCACCACAAUAGAGUGGGGGAUGCAUGUUAGUCGAGAUAUGUGUAAUUUAUGAAUUCCUUGCAUAUAAUUUAUGUGUGGUUGUGUGUAGAAGAACACAGCCAACGAAAUACAAAGUUUUAGCUUGAGAUUACGCAUUUGUUGAGACUUUAGACGUGACGACAGUCUGCACCAUUCUUGCUAGGCUAUAAGGCGCUUUAUUUUUAUUAUCAUUAUAAACAAUUCACCUAUUUUAAGGCUUUGUUGCCACCAAAUCACUACUCAACACAUCUGAAUCCAAUUGUUGGCAUCAGAAAAUUGUCUUUUCGAUACAAUUAAUGCAUGUAUGAUAUAUUGAAAAGACAAAACGUAAAGUCAAAAAGAAGCAAAAGCAAGAAAAGAACUUAUCAUUUAAAAAGGAGGCGCAAAGGAACAAACAUAAACUGUAGCAAAUAAUUAGAGAAUAAAAUGUAUGGACGAAAAUGACAGAUAGACAGAGAAAACAGCCACGCUUGAAAUGUUUAUAAUUUUGUUAUGUAUAUAAUUUUAAGCAGAUAUUUAAAACAUAAAUUGUUUCUUAUGCGCAGAAUAUAAGUACACGUAUAUUAAUGUACAAUUUAAAUAUGAGAAUAUUAUCAAUACUAUUAAAGAGAAAAUAAAACAAAAGCAGACAGUUGACUUAAAAA